UACAGAGUGGAUCAGCGCGGUCGGUGCGCAGACACAUCAGGUGCGCACCAGGAGAGACUCCAAGACGCGCAGCGGCAAGACUGAUGCAUGCUGUACAGGUUUGCUUUGAAAGAUGUGUUUACACGUAUUACUAAUGUGAGCUAUCAGGAUAAAGCGCGUGAUUUACCGAAACCUUGGGGUAAAGACACAAGAAAGAAAAAAAAAAAACAGAAAAAAAAAACAGUGUGAGCGCUAUUGGAGACGCACCGGACCAACAAAACCCUUGCUCUUAAAACUGUGUCAUGAAGCCGCAGCAGCGGGACACAGACCUCCCAUAGGUCAUUUUGACAAAGUUUCAAAUUCAUCUAAAAGGGGAAAAAAAGACACCAUGAACUUAUCAGAGCCCGUUUGGCUCUAUGAAGAGUCGUGGAACGUGAGCAGAGCCGAGGAAGAGGACCAGAAACUUUUAUUCGGGAUCGGCACGGAUAAUUUCAUCACGCUGCUGGUUUUCGGGCUCAUCUUUACGCUCGGCGUGCUGGGCAACUCCAUGGUGAUCACCGUGCUGGCCCGGAGCAAACCAGGGAAACCACGGAGCACCACCAACAUAUUCAUCCUCAACCUGAGCAUAGCGGACCUCUCCUACCUGCUCUUCUGCAUCCCUUUCCAGUCCACCAUCUACAUGAUGCCGACGUGGGUCCUGGGCGCCUUCAUUUGCAAAUUCAUCCACUAUUUCUUUACUGUGUCCAUGCUGGUGAGCAUCUUCACACUGUCUGCCAUGUCCGUUGACCGAUACAUUGCCAUCGUCCAUUCCAGAAAGUCCUCCUCAAUCCGGGUGGCCAAACAUGCCUUCAUCGGAGUGGUGGUGAUUUGGAUACUGUCUCUGGCCAUGGCUGCGCCUGUCAUGUAUUACCAGAACAUUUUUCACAGAGGCGAGAAUCACACCUUUUGCUGGGAAGUGUGGCCAGAUCAAAACCAGAAGAAAGUCUAUGUCGUUUGCACGUUUGUUUUUGGUUAUGUGUUGCCCCUGCUGCUGAUUACCUUCUGUUAUGCAAAGGUUUUAAAUCACUUGCACAAAAAACUAAGAAAUGUCUCCAAAAAGUCAGAGGCAUCAAAGAAAAAGACAGCUCAGACGGUCCUGGUGGUGGUGGUGGUGUUCUGCCUCUCUUGGCUCCCUCAUCACGUCGUUCACUUGUGGGUGGAGUUUGGGACCUUCCCGCUGAACCAGGCCUCCUUCGUGUUACGGGUGGCUGCUCACUGCCUGGCAUACAGCAACUCAUCUGUCAAUCCGGUCAUCUACGCCUUCCUGUCAGAGAACUUCAGGAAGGCCUACAAGCAGGUGUUCAAAUGCCAGAUCGGCACCAGUGACUCCCCACUCAACGACAUCAAAGAGAUUCGCAGCAAAGCGGACACUCCGCCCUCGACUAACUGCACCAACGUUUGACUGGUGACACGAAUAUAAAUUAUGGUGACUGUCACACUGAAACUCAAUGUAAAGUCACAGUGACACAUGAGUGGGUGUGUGGAUUUUUUUGACGUCGGUAAGUAUGCUUACCUAGUUUGCUUUGAUAUCGCUGCAGCUGCACUGUUCCACAUAAGCGCUGUUCAUUAUACCUGGACCAGAGGAGAUCAAGCCACUGUGGCUGCACGACGUUAUUACUCCCUCUUUGAUCAGUCUCUGUUUCCUGCAUCUCAUCUUUCAUAAUAAAAACCUGUGGAGUUGGAAACUCAGGAAAAGGAUCCUCUCUCUAAAGUGAAACUUAUUAGAUUGUAGACAUCAUCAGAUACAUAUGUCACAUCACAGUAUAUUUACAAGCCAAUACAAGUCAGUAACAUUUGCUGUCUUACCGGGAGUUAGAUGGUGGGAUGUCUGUUAGUGGAGAAACUGGUGCAUGUUAAUCUUGAUUAGCUUGAUGCAGAGUUUGGAGGCGUGGGUAGGCAGCUAGUCUCUAUGAAAAGAGAAAAAUGCAACUCCUCCAACUCCAAAUUUGUUGGAAAUGUAUAUGUUGGAAAUUCAGACAAUUUACAUGUUGUAACAUAUACUUAACUGGCUCAGUUGCUAUCGUUACCCGCUUCAGAGUCGGAAGGUGUAUGAACGGGGAUUACUUAAUCUAAUUUAUAGUUAGAUGUGAAAUACAUGUCUAAAUUCAUCUGUUGCCUAAAGCUGUCUAGCUCUCCUCACUUCACUGUUUUGCCCUUAAGGAGAAAUUCAAUGGCUUACAAUGAGAUUUUACUGAGACAAUUGUAAUGUAGAGUGCAGUACAAAAAUUUUUCUUGUGGCAUAAAAUCCUAACCUGUAGCACAGCUGGGUUGCUGUAGCAAGGGAAGGUCUCAGUACUUUUUUGGUCAUUCUGUGAUUCUGUUCAUACCAAACAAAUUGCAGCUCCCCAGGUUUUUCAAAUCAAAUCAACUGAAUGAUGCCUAAGAGGUCUGGGGAAACUUCCCAUGCUGUCUUGUACUGUAAAUAUCUAGCAAGAGGGGGUCUUUUUUUAGGGCAACUCUAUUAAUAAAGAUGCUAAUGAAUGGAAUGGGAUGAAAUAAAGAGUAAAACUGAACUUUACCCACAUUAGAUUUUGCACAUGGGAAAAUGUCUCAACCAGAGCACCUCAGAUACAGCUGAUGUUUUUUCAGCUAUGUUAGUGCUAACUACAUUAGCAUUUAGUGCAGAGUGGUCAGUACCGUGCCAACCAAUGCGGAAUACACACAAGAUUAUUAUUUCUGUUUAAGUGUCUAACUUGCAUUAAACUAAUCUAAGAGUAAAACGAAGGCUGGCUUAACACUGGAGUGCUGCAUGCUGUCACUGGGGUUAAGCUAGCUGUCGAAAAGUACAAGGUACAAAAAGGUGUAGGCUGAGACCUUGUUGCAACAUGUGCAUGUGGAGUUUUGGAAUUGUUAAAAGACAUAUUUGAGUGGCAGUAACGAAAGUAAUGUAAUGUGAAGUAUGUAAUUACAUUUGUCGAAUAACUUGCUGAACACUCCUUAAAAAAGGUUUCCACUGUAGAUAAGAAAAACACUUGCCAUUGUCAUUGCACCCAGUAUGAUUAAAGCCUGUAUUUUCAAUAGAUUUGGUUGUAAAUAUUAUAUACACAGAAGCUGAUAUUCACAUAUGCCUGUAUAAGCGUCACUAUAUUUGGCUCUUAUGUUGACAGUUUUCAGAUCGUGUCGUGCUGUAUGACUGAGCCACGCUGUUGGACGUAUAAAGCUCGAUGCUUGUUUUGUACCCAUUCUGGUACCUGUCUUUUAAACCACAAAAAACAAUCUAAUAGGCGCUCCUGUGGAAAUGAAGGAUUCUGAUGUUGUACGUAAUAUGUAUGUGAUGUGCCAAGCCUCCACACAGCAGCUUUAACUCAGUGUAUUCAAACAAACGCAUUCAAUCUACGCAAUGAGCUCAGUUCAGUGUGUAUUUUCUGCCUGAGGUUAGGCAACCCAUGUGUCCCAGCGGGGCGCGAGCGUGCUGCAGGUUUUUGCAACAGCAGCUGAUAUGACUGAUUAACAGCAACUUGAUCCAGAGAGGAGGAACUAAUCAGUGCAAUCAGUGAUGCUCAUCCUCACUGUCAGCGAGGAUCUCAGAUGUGAGAGUCAAGGAUUAUUCCCAGAGAGUUGAUGACUUUGCUCACUAUAGUGAUGACUGUACAGACGGUGAUUCUCAUUCAUUCCCACACUGGACUGAGGAUUUUUUUUGUUUUUGUUAAAUGUGGACAUUUGAAUGAAAAUCUAAUCCAGGAGGGGCGAAGAACUUUGCUGUUUGGUGUGGAAAAUGAUACCAGUGUGGAACACCAAUAGUGCUUCGAAAGAUAUACAGAGCACGUGAACAAAAGAAUACUUUUUCAUCAGAAAAUACAAUGUUUGAUUAUGUAGCACUUUAUAUUACAGGCCACAACAUACAGUGUAAUUAUUUAGCAUAUAUGAGGUAUCAAUAUAACACUUACUGCACACCUAUACCAGGACAAAUAUGGGGUACAGCUUCGUGUUUGAGUAGAGUGCAGAAAAAUUAACACUGGGUAACACAGCUGGAAAAAUGGGUUGAUAUUCCAUUAAGAAUAGGUUAUGGCAUCAUUUAUUUUAACAAGAACAAAACAUUUACACUGUAAUUCGCUGUAUUCUAAAGCAUUACCUUUCAUUUUCACAACUUUAUAGACAUCAUUUCAGUUUUUUGUGCUAAAAAAGCUUGAGGAUUUCUCUUUGAACAUGACAUCAAAAAGAAUAUGUGAGAGCA